AAUCAAUUCCAUCAACACACUGACCUACAACUGCCCAGAAUCCAAAUCAACCACACACAGCUAACCGAAGAUAGCACUGACACUCAACCAAAUCCAGGCAACCCUUCCCCCCUCCCACACCAGCACUUCACCUGAUGUAACCUCCCCAUCACAAAACUGUCACUGAUGACUCACACCUGACCCAUCCCAAGACCCUCACUUGACACACCCACAUCUGGCCCAUCCCAAGACCUACUGACCACAUGAAGCCCUUAUAAAUGGAAGAACACUGACAUCACCUGAACUCCGAAGAUAUUACUUAGCCUGGUACUGAAACAUUCAGCAACCAACCCACAAGCUCGGAGAACGAACCUGCACCCUCAUCUUUAGAUUCUGCUUGUUCCUGAUAGAAGUGAGGAUCCAGCUGACAUCCUGGGUGACUUUGCAGGGUGAGAGAGGAGCAGCAGCUGACUCUCAGUAGCGCCACUUGUCUCCUGGUAGUGUACCUCCUUGUGACCCAGAAACGUUCCCUCUGGACCCAUUACGGUUCAGAGCCACUAAGGAGAGAUGCUGAUACGGAGAAGGUCUGGACAUACCUUAUGGUGUGUACAACCACCUUGGAAGUGGGGGACAAACUGCAUUUGGCUGAGUUUUGCUGUGCUAUGUCUGACUAUGCUGAGCUUAGUUUGUCUACAGACAGGGCUAAUGCUGCAUUUGGGCUCCCGUGAUCCGGGAGUGCCCUCCAACUUUACAAGAACACUCUUCCAGGACAUCCAAAUUUCCUCAGAGAGAAACAAAACUCUGAAGCUCCCCUCAGCUGCUAGAUCUGUCAACCAGAACUUAGAAAUUACAACACAGACUCUGACAGAAGAUUCUUUCUUCUCCAGAAUCAGGAAGUUCUGGCAACGUCUUGAGAAGGUCCUUGCUGGAUUUCAACAACUCAUAAAGGUUUCUCAUUCCAUCUUCCCAGCACGGCCCUUACCAUGGCCUGUGUGGCAGAAAAAGCUUUCAUCCCAAGUACUGAGCCCUCGUCUUCGACAAGUCUUCCAGAACUAUCAAUCAAUGAACAAGUAUCAGGUGCCCUCAGGUGCUGGGCAGCGCCUAAACAAUCCAUACCUAACUGGGAUGGACCUCUUGUGCCAGCUCAAAAGCCGUGUGAAUGUGUCCACUGUGUUGGGUGAUGAAGGACCCUUUGCAGAACCAAUAUGGAGGGGUAUGCUGCCUCAGAGGAGUUUGGCAGAAGAACUUGGUCACUUGAAGACAUGUGCAGUUGUGAGCUCAGCUGGCUCCAUGUUGGGGUCAGGAUUGGGCAAUGAGAUCGAUUCCCAUAAUGCUGUCCUUCGUUUCAAUGGCGCCCCAACUACUGGGUAUGAACAUGAUGUGGGCACAAAAACAACACUCCGCCUUGUGAAUUCCCAGCUGAUGGCUUCUCCAGAGCAGCAUUUUCUGGAAGGACAACUCUAUGCCCAGGGAACUCUGGUCGCGUGGGAUCCAGCCCCUUACCCUGGGGACCUAGAAGAGUGGUACAAGUCUCCUGAUUAUCCCCUCUUUGAACCCUUCCGUACCUUGCGGGCCAAAAGACCUUGGCAGCUAUUCCAUCUAUUGCAUCCACGGCUACAGUGGGAGCUCUGGGAGCUGGUGCAGGAAGGGGCAGAUGAGCAAGUGCAGCGCAAUCCUCCAUCUUCAGGCCUGCUGGGAACAGUGCUAAUGAUGUCCUUAUGCGAACUUGUCCAUGUGUAUGAAUUCCUACCAUCUCAACGGCAAUCCCAUCGGUGCCACUAUUACCAGGAUUUCUCUGAUGAUGCCUGCACACUGGGUGCUUACCAUCCAUUGCUCUUUGAGAAGAACCUGGUGCGGCGCAUGAACCGUGGCACACAGGCUGACUUGGCACAAAGGGGUUGUGUGACACUGCCAGGCUUCCAAGUCCUGAAUUGCCCCCACAAGGCAAAAAUUCUGAACAGGGUCUGAAGUAAGGUGAGACAAUCUGUUUUAUAUUGCAACAGAAGAGAUGAUAGAUACAUCUGAAAGCAGCAUGCAUCUCCACAUGGAUUGCUUGAGCUAUUGAUGUACGGUAGGGCAGUAUUUCUCUCUUUAAAAAAACAUUUUUGUUAAGUUGUAGAGUAUUAUUAAAUACAAAAUACAAAAGUAAAUAGAAAAGCACUGAGGAGGGAGGGGAAAGGAAGUGAGGAAAGAUAGGGGGGGAAAAGAAAAAGAAGCAUUGACUUCUGACUCUGUUAGAGUAAAAUAAGGCAUCAAAUCACAGCGUUUUGCUUUUCUAUAAUACUAUGAAUAAGUCAUUUCCAUAAAGAUCUAUCAAUCUAAUCUGUAAAACCCAAAGUCAGAGUUUCAUUCUUUUCUACAUCAAGCACGAAGUUCAGAAGCGGUUUCCAUGUGGAAUCAAAAGUAUUUAUGUUCUUUUCUUUAAUCAAAGUAGUCAAUUUUGCCAUUUCAUGAACUCCAUCAACUUCUGCAACCAUUCUUCCAUGGUAGGAAUCAAAGUGGCCUUCCAUUUUUGCACAUACAAUAGUCUUGCUGCUGUCAACAUAUAUAGUAACAAAAUUCCUUUUUUUUUCUCCAGUUCUUUUUCCAUUAGACCCAAAAAGAAAAGUUCUGGUUUCGUUUUUAUCUCCAUUUUCUGUAUUAAAAUAUGAAUCAUACUCCAGAAAUUUUUUUUGCUUUAUCACAUGUCCAUCAUAAAUGAUAAAAAGUCCCUUCUUUAUUUUUAUACUUCCAACAUUCAUUUGACAUGCCUUUAUACAUCUUAGAUAACUUAUCUAGUGUUAAAUACCAAUGAUACAUCAUCUUAUAGAAAUUCUCUUUUAGAUUAUAAUUUAAUGUAAAUUUUAAACCCUUCGUCCACAUAUUUUCCCAUUGUUCAAGCAUCAUAUUAUAUCAAAAAUUCCCACUGAAUCAUACAAUGUUUUUACAUGUUCCUAUUCCAAAUUCAAUUUCAAUAACAUUUUGUAAAUCUUAGCAAUAAUAUGUUCAUCGUUGCCACAUAAUGAAAGUUCCAAUUCAUUUUUAACAAAGUCAAAUCCAUAGCAUAACCAUAACUUUUUAUCCAAUUUGAACCUCUUUCAGUUGCUGAUAAGUAAAUCAAUGGCAAGCGUAACCUUCUGAUUCAAGUUCUUCCCUUGGCUUUAGUAUUUGGUCACCAGAAUUAAAAGAUAAAAUUUUACCAUACGUCAGCCAAUUUGGUUUUGCCACCAUUUCUUUUCUUAAAAAAAGCUUUCUGUGGUGACAUCCAAAAGGGGCAGUGCAGUAUUUCCCAACCUCAGCAACUUUAAGAUAUGUGGACUUAAACUCCCAGAAUUCCCAUGCUGGCUGGCGAAUUCUGAGAGUUGAAGUCCACAUAUCUUAAAGCCGCUAAGGUUAAGAAACAUUGGUGUAGUGAAAUGUCUGGCAAAGUAGCAGAGAUAGUCCAGAAAGACCAAAUAGCUUUUACAGUAAUAAAUCUGUAUAACCAUUUGAUGGCAGCAGAGAAUUUUUGGUAUCUCCUUACUGCCAUCUAGUGUUCACUAGGAUUUUUAAAGAUAGGCACUAGAGACAUCUUUUCUAGAAGAGUUUACUUGUUUGUAAAUGUAGUUCAAAAACUUCAUAGAAGUAAGAAACCAUUUUGCUUUUGCUUGUAAGACAUGGGGUACUGUAGAUAGUUAUCACGGUAUAGAUUUUAGAAGAAAAUCCCUUUUUUGGGCUUGUUUAAUCAUUGAGACCCGAGCAUCCAUUUCAUAGAAGUUGAAUAGAAUACAAGUCAUGUUUAUUAUGAUUCUGGAGGCUGCACCAGCAAUCCUAAGGGAGAUGGAAUGCAACUUCUGUAGGUUUAUGCAAAUCAAAAGUCAGAGGUAGUGAGUAAUUAAGGUGGGACUACAAACACAAAGUUUAUAUUAAGAAUAUCAGAGUUUGUGUGUUAUUCUGUCUGAUAUAUCUAUUCUUGUUAUCUGCCUGGUUUCUCCCUUCUUAUUUCCUAUAGCUUUCUUCAUCUCCAUCUACCCCCUUUCCUUGUUACUAACAUUCCUUUGCUUUGCAUUGUUAUUUUAUAUAUUUAUUAAAUUUAUAUGCCACUGUCCAACCAAAUAUCCAUUUGGUUCAGUUCAGUGGUGGGUUCCAACUGGCUUUACUACCAGUUCUCCUCAUGCAUGCUCUUCACGUGCACCUGUAAAUCAUGUAAAAAAAUGAUUUACAGGUAAAAAUCAUUUAAAAAUUAUACAUGCAAAAGACGUUAAUAAUGUUGCUUGCAUUCUAUGUUGGCCUCUAUAAGAGAUGUCUAAAAGGAAUGUCCAGAUCUGAAUACAGAAUACCAGAGUUGGAAGGGACCUUGGGAGGUCUUCUAGUUCAACCUCCUGCUUAAGCAGGAGACUCUAUACCUGUGAUGGCGAACCUAUGGCAAGCAUGCCACAGGCGGCACGUGGAGCCAUGUUGCCUGGCACGCCAGCUCAGCUCCGGUGCACAUGCGUCGGAGUCUCUGGAGGCUGGGGACAGCAAAAAAGUCACUUCCUGUCCAACCAGAAGUUGGGAAACGGGCCGUUUCGGGCCUGUGGGGAAGGCUGUUUUCACCCUCCCCAGAUGCAUAGAGAGGAUCUGGAGCCAGGUGAGAAAGAAAAACGGGCCUACCGGGCCAUCGUGUGCUAGGAGCGGGGGGAAGGGAGGUCGCAUGCACGGGGCGGGGUGCAUAGAAUUAUGGGUGUGGUCACACGUGCACGCGAACCUCCUCCGCCCCCCCCCUUCCUGGCACGCGAUAGCAAAAAGGUUAACCAUCACUGCUCUAUACUGUUCCAGGCAAAUAGCUGUCCAAUCUCUUGUUAAAAAUCUCCAGUGAUGGAGCACCCAUAACUUAUGGAGGCAAGCUGUUGCACUGAUUAAUUGUUUUCUUGAAAGGAAAUUUCUUCUUAGUUCCAGUUUGGAUCUCCCUUUGAUAAGCUUCUAUUCAUUAACUUCCUGUCCUGCACUCAGGUGGUUUGGAGCGUUGAUUGUUCCCCUCUUUGUGACUGCCUCUCAAAUAUUGGAAGACUACUAUCAUGUCACUCCAGUCCUUCUCUUCAUUAGACUAAAUAUACUUUCUUCCUGCAACCAUUCAUUGGAUGUUUUAGAGCAACUAUCUUUAUUGCUCUUCUCUGCACUCUUUCCAGAGUUGCAAUACUGUUUUCAUAUUAUGAUGCCCAAAAAUGGACACACUAUUCCAAAUGUGAUCUUACCAAAGCAGUAUAAAGCAGAUCUAGCACUUCAUGCACCCUUAAUACUAUCCCUCUUGUGUGAGUUCUGGUAAUGUUGGUCAUGGUAAUUUCCAGUUUUGACUAAAUCAAAGGACCUUCUACCCUGGCUCCAUUUUCACUUCCUAAAUGCAAUUUGAAGAUGAGUGAAGACAGUAGUGUCUUCACUUCCUGUGAAACUGAGCUGAGGAGAAGAGGUGAAAAUCAUCUUAGAGAAAUUUGUGUCCUGGAGAAAGAGUUGCCAGAGAAGGAACUUUAUUAGCCCUGAGAAAAUAGAAGGUGUGAGACAGAGAACAGCCCUGCCUUGACCUAUUGGUCCUUAAAAAGGGCAGGCUUUUAAAAUUCUUUUAAUAUAUAUUUUUUCUGUUUAAUUGGGUCUUGCUCUGGAGAAGUCUUGCAGUUUUCAUGGCAGGAUUUUUCAGACGUGGUUUACCAUUGCUUCCUAGGGCUGAGAGAGAGUAACUAGCCCCAAGUCACACAGUUGGCAAGACUACAAUUCAUUCUCCCCUGAUUUCUUAACCUUAACCACUACAAUCAAACUGGCUCUCCCUGUUAAUAUAUCCUACAACAAUAAAGUAGCAUUAUUACUUCCUGCAGUGUCUGCUUCUUGAUCUGGUCUGCCUCAAAGGGUUGACAACUACAGACCCACUCCAAACUGCAGGUUCUCUAGAAUAAAAACCUCCUUGUGCCUCCUUGUUGCCCCCGGUUCGCACCGGUUCUAUAGAACCGGUAGUAAAACCAGCAGGAGGCUCCACCCACCGAUCCCAAUGUCAUCAAAUCGCUUCUGUGCAUGUGCAAACCGGUAGUAAAGGUAAGCAGAACCCACCCCUGUCCUGUAUAUAUAUAAAAAAGAGAAGGCAAAGGAAACCAAGCAGUUUGACACUUCACAUCUAGGUUUCAAAGUGAGAAUCAAGCUUACAGGAUAAUCAAAAGUUCAGGACUGGGGAGGAAAGGUGAUGCAGAAUGGUUUUAUUAAUUAAUUAAGCUUAUAUGCCGCCCUCUCUCCAGAAAGGACUCAGGGCGGCUCAUAGCAAUAAAACAGAUAAAAUCAAUAUUAAAUGUUAAAAACCAUUAAAACUCCCCUUAAAAACCCCUUCAGUCCAAUCCGGCCUGACGAAAUAACCAUGUCUUAAGGUCACAGCGGAAAGAGCGCAGGUCAGGGGCCACCCGGAGCUCCAGGGGUAGUUGAUUCCAGAAGGUAGGUGCGCCCACAGAGAAAGCCCGUUCCCUAGGAGUCGCCAGACGACACUGCCUGGCCGACGGCACUCCAAGGAGGCCCUCCCUGUGGGAACGCACUGGGCGAUGGGGAGCUGUCGCUGGCCGCAGAUGGUCCAUCAGGUACCCUGGGCCUAAGCCAUGUAGGGCUUUAUAGGUGAUAACCAGCACCUUGAAUCUCACCCGGAGGGCAACCGGUAGCCAAUGCAGGUCGUGCAGGAGGGGUGUAACAUGAGAGUGUUGGGACACUCCCAUCACUACCCGCGCGGCCGCAUUCUGCACCAGCUGAAGCCUCUGAGUGGUCUUCAUGGGCAGCCCCAUGUAGAGAGCGUUGCAGUAGUCGAUCCGGGAGGUCACGAGCAUAUGAGUGACUGUACGGAGGUCAUCACGGUCCAGGUAGGGGUGCAAUUGGCAUACCAGACGAAUCUGUGCAAAUGCGCCCCUGGUCACGGUCGCAACAUGGUCUUCCAAAGUCAACUGUGAAUCCAGAGGAUGCCUAAAUUGCGCGCCCUUUCAACAGGGGGCAACACUUUACCCCCUAUGACCAACGAUGGAAUAUUCCAUUGGAACCGAGAUGCCGGUACCCACAGCCACUCCGUCUUGGCGGGGUUGAGCUGAAGCCUGUUCCUCCCCAUCCAGAGCCACACCGCUUCCAGGCAUAGGACAUCACGUCGAGGGCAUCACUGGGUUGUUUCGGGGUGGAUAUAAAAAGUUGAGUAUCAUCAGCGUACUGAUGAUACCUCACUCCGAAACCACGGAUGAUCUCCCCCAGAGGCUUCAUAUAGGUUGCAGAUAAGAAAACCAUAGCUCUGAAAUAGUUUCAGCUACGUCACAGCUUGAGCUAUGAAUAUACUCUGUAUCAACUCAGCUUUGCAGCACAGAGGCAUCAAGCUGCUUUCAAACGGACUAAGGAUCCUCAUGUCUCCUGCAACUCCUUAUGUAGCAACAUUUUCAGCUGAUAAAAUUAGUGACCUGGAGUGAGAUGGAUUGGCCACAGUUGUCCAUGUUCUUAUAAUGUAUCCUAACUUUGUAUAUAUUUAUAUCUUGGACUGCUAUUAGUCCAGAAUAGUCCAAAAACUUCGGUUGGUCCAAAGUUUCAGGGAUAGUAAUUCAGACUGUGUUUUUGAUCAUAGUAUGUUAUUUUUUUUCCUACUGCAUUGCUUACAAUUUUCAUGAAUGAGAGUUUUCCCCUAAAAUGGGUAGAGACCAGGCUAUAGUAGGGCCACUAUACUUUUGUUACCGUUUAGCAAGCUAUAGAUUUUUGCAGCCCAAAUCUAGUAGCUUUUGAUUAUGAAAAAUAUGACUUCAAGGUCCCUAUUGUCAUCUGGCCACAUCUUGGAUGCCCUUUGAAUAAGAUAAUAAAUAAAUUCUAUAUCUCAAGUUUGACAGGAAAUAGUUUUGCUUUUUGAAUAUUCUGUGUAUUUUUAAUUUGCUUUUUCUGACUAUUACAAUUAUGGCUGGAUCUUUUAGUUCGCGCUUUAAUAGUAAAUUGCUUUAAUGUUGAUUCUGAAAAACCGCUCUGCUUGCAUUCAAUCCCUGUAGGCAGAAGGAAGAGACAGUUGUUUAAAUAACAAUAACAAGAGGAAAAACACUUCCUUUUUAAAAUUUUAAGAAAAUAUUUUUUUUUACAGGUUGGUGAAAAUUUCACAGCUUAAUAAGAAUAUUUAAGAAAUCCAUAUGGUUGUUGCAACUAUUGUUCGGGGAGAUGGUGUGAUGUAUUAGAUGCUGCAAAUCAAUAUCUUUCUGAGGUUCUUGAGUUAAUUUCUAGCUGUUUAGGCCCCAUUGCAUUUUAUCCACCCAUGAGGUAGAUUGAUGUCUCAAACUGAUUUCUUUGGAACCGAUUGCUGGCAAAAGUACAGUAUGCUAUGGAAAGUGAACGGACAACAUCCUCUUUUAAGCAAAUGCGUAAUGGCUGCAUUCUCGUAAUACAUUUAAUUGUGUAACUCCCUCUGUGAAACAGAAAAUAAUAUUAUGAUAUAUGGUUUUGACAAUUAGAAAUAAUAAUAGAUAAUAGAAAAAUGAAUAAACUUGUAAACUUUGAAUGUUAAUGUACAUUUAUAUCUGUUGAAAAAUAAAAAUGUCACUUCUUUGUA